CCUGGCCAUCAUGCAGAUGUGGACUUUGCCAUGGGUUACUGUUAUUUUAAUAAUGUUGCAAUAGCUGCAAAGAUCGCACAAAGAAAAUGGGGAAUGAACAGAAUUUUAAUUGUAGAUUGGGAUAUUCAUCAUGGUAAUGGCACUCAAAGUCUCUUUGAAUCAGAUCCAAGUGUCCUGUACUUCUCUAUUCAUGAAUAUCAUCACGGCAAGUUUUAUCCAUCUUCCACUAUAGCUAACCAYGAUGURGUUGGAACUGGGAAAGGCCAGGGUUUUAAUGUUAAUGUUCCUUGGAAUAAGUUUCACAUGGGUGACGCUGACUACUUGGCUGUAUUUCAACAUGUGCUGCUGCCCAUAGCACAUGAGUUUGAUCCAGAUAUUGUGCUAGUGUCAGCUGGCUUUGAUUCUGCAAGAGGAGAUCCAAAGGGCCUUUGUGAUGUCAGCCCAGAAGGCUACUGCCAGUUAACCAAUAUGUUGAUGGGACUUGCAGGAGGCAAAGUUGUCGUUAUUUUAGAGGGUGGGUACAACCUCACUUCAGUAGAGGAGUCAAUGUGCAGUUGUACAUCAACUCUUCUUGGUGACCCAUGUCCAAGACUUGAUGGAAAUCAAGUCCCUUGUAAAAGUGCUAUGGAGUCUAUCAGAGAUGUUGUUAAUAGUCACAAGCCUUUCUGGAAAGCUUUGGAGUUUGUCAAUAUUGUAAUUCCUGUUGAGGAUGAUAAAACUCAUGAUUGCACUUCAGGAAAAAAGGAAAAUGAAAAUACCUCUGAUUUGGAAGAUAAUGGUGAUGCGAACCAGUCACAUGAAAAACAUCCGGACAAGUUGCAUUCGUAACAAUCUUAAAAUAUAUCAAAAAAUUCAUUUCGUUUCCAAACACUUCUAAUUUUACUGUAUUCUUAAGGAUUGCAAAUAAAAUAGUUUUAAACAUAAA